AUGCCUCUUUCUCUGCAUUUCAAAACUGUUGAUAGAGCUGAAAAGCCAGAUACACAUUUUGGUCACCUUAUUGCCUUUCAAAAUUCCGAGUCUCUCGUUAGUCAAUCUAAAAGGCCAUUUGGGCCUUGGGGCAUUUGGACGCCUCCAAAUGCCUUGGCAAGGCAUUUGGGGACUUGGUCACUUUUGCCGAUGAAAGACCAGAAGGCUCACGCAACCUCUACCUAUCCAAAUCUCUAUAGCGCUGUUUGGUUUGAGUGUUCACCGGAUAUUGAACAAAUUCAAGUUGACACGACCGCCUGUAAAAGAAUGAAGCCUACCGAUAAGCAUAACACAAAUCCCUCAACCCGAGGUCCACUCGACAACAAAACUAUUGUGGCAUUUCUUGCAGAACUGCGAAGUGCGGACCGUCUGCCGACACAGUUAUGGCGCGUUGUAUCUCGCGUCAAGAAAGAGCAUCCGCAGUGGAUUGUGACUGAAGACAUGAUACGCACAGCGUAUGAGAGCAUGCGGUGGGAUAUCAAAGAACUUUGCACUCUUACUAAAGAUGAGAGAGCUGAAGCAAGGGAAAGGGCAAAAGAGAUGGCCCCACGAACCAGAGAACAAAGGGUACAUUCGGGUCACUGUCUGCCUUCCGAGGUCGCUAACCGUGUCGACACCUCUUCUUAUCCAAACACACAGAAAACAGCCGAGAAAGCCCUCGCAGGACAGAGGAAGAAUAUACGCGAAGAAAACAUUCGGAACACCCUAUCUACGCUAUCUCCUGAUCCAAACCCUUCGCCCAAGUUGCUGAAUGACGAGCUGGAUAUUAAGCUUGCUGUCGAGUUUCUGAGAAACUUGCGGGAAACAGAAGAGACACCGUCCUCGUCAACCAAAGCCUACAAGCGCUUACGAGAGGCCUUUACCGAAUACGAAAUUCCCUACCCUUUCUUUGCUGAGGCCUUCGCCAAAGCAGGUUAUCGCAAACGAAGGGAGGCAAAACAGCCUGAUGGGAAGGUGGAGAGAUCUCAAGCAUCUGCUGCGGCACCUUCGGUCAAGCCUGUGGAGCGUAUCAAGGCACCACAGGCACCAUCUAUCAGCAACGUGACUGCAAAGGGCAAGGUGGCAUCAGUCAAAGUAGAUGAAAACAUAGAUCCUAAUGGCAAGAGAAAAGGGGCAGACAACUGCGACAGAAAGCCCAAGAAGCAGCACCUAAUUGGCGUAAUCGAGGAAGAUCAUCCCCUUACCCCCAGGCACCGAAAGACAUGA